AAGACGAAAAUGGGAUUUCCUUAAUUUUGUCAUUUAUAUCUCAAUGUAAAGAAGCGAGUGUUAGAUGUGUAUUUUAAAUCAUGUGAAGUGUUCCUUUUCAGCUAUAGGAGGACAAUUAGUCGCCGACGGGUUGCGAUCACAUGCUUUGAGAGAGCUACCUCAUUUUUCGUGAAUGGGUCAACGUGAGCCGCGCGCAGUCUCCUGGCUUAGGUCACAGACGCGCUCUGGCUCUGCGCGGAGCAGGGCGAGCGGCGCUGCCACAUGUGAGUGACAUUUGAACCAACCACGUUUAUUUUUUUCAUUUCUGAUAUUGAGAUGCUCGUUGCAGUCCCACUGUUGUGUUAUUGACGGGACGGUGGAUGCACUUUGCCUGGACUUUACGCAAUGGAGUUCAAAUGGAUACGAUGACUGGAUUUGUUGUCAUUUACUCAAGCUACACCAUAAGCCUAGAUAUGGGCCAGCAGUGACUUCGAAGAGGAUCCCUGAAAUCACGCACUCCGACUACUAUAAAGUUCAUGUCCAGCCACAACACGGAGGACUGCCAGCGUCCUGGAAAUGAAGAGAGGUGUGGAUUGUCUUCAACACUAUGCUCACAUUUUAAGAGACGAUGAUGGAGUGUGAACAGGCAGAGACAACAGGAGCGCGUGUCCUCCUGGUGCUGUCUCUUUGAUGUGAUGUGGCCCCUGUAAACUUCGCCUCCAAAGCCACUUAUAAUGGAUGUCCAGAACUACAGCACAGUCAUUGACAGCGGCUUUCUGGAUGAGGCACCUCCAAGCAGAGUUUUAACAGGAUGUUUUUUGUCUCUCCUCAUCCUCACCACGCUGUUGGGAAAUACCUUAGUCUGUGCUGCUGUUACGAAGUUUCGCCACCUUCGCACUAAAGUGACUAACUUCUUUGUGAUCUCUCUGGCCGUGUCUGACCUGCUAGUGGCGAUUUUGGUGAUGCCCUGGAAAGCUGUGGCAGAAAUUGCUGGGUUUUGGCCAUUUGGCUCGUUUUGUGAUACUUGGGUGGCUUUUGACAUUAUGUGCUCCACGGCAUCCAUUUUGAACUUGUGCGUGAUUAGUCUUGACCGCUACUGGGCCAUUUCUAGCCCUUUCCGGUACGAGAGGAAGAUGACACCAAAAGUGGCCUAUGUAAUGAUCAGCGUUGCCUGGACACUGUCUGUUCUAAUUUCCUUCAUCCCGGUACAACUGAACUGGCACAAGGCCCAAACUCAAUCUUACACCUCGGUUUCUGGGUCCACUCUGGGAUCAAAUGGUACUUCUUCUUUCCAAGCCCCAGAAAACUGUGACUCGAGCUUAAACAGGACCUACGCCAUCUCCACCUCACUCAUUAGUUUUUACAUUCCUGUCAUAAUCAUGAUUAUCACAUACACUCAAAUCUACCGCAUUGCACACAGGCAGAUUCGAAGGAUUUCUGCACUGGAGAGAGCCGCCGAAAGUGCCAAAAACAGGCACGACAGCAUGGGCCGAGGUUCAAGUAUCACAGAGUCUGAGAGCUCCUUUAAAGUGACUUUUAAGAAAGAGACCAAGGUGCUGAAGACACUGUCUGUUAUCAUGGGAGUGUUUGUGUGCUGUUGGCUGCCAUUCUUCAUCCUCAACUGCAUGGUUCCAUUCUGUGAGAAGUCCAGUGAAGGAGCAGAGGCGUUCCCCUGCAUCAGCCCCACCACCUUUGAUGUGUUUGUGUGGUUUGGCUGGGCAAACUCCUCCCUCAAUCCCAUCAUUUAUGCCUUUAAUGCUGACUUCCGCAAGGCCUUUGCCAUACUGCUGGGCUGCCACAAACUCCAUCCAGGAGCAAACAACAUGGAGUCAGUCAGCCUGAACAAGAAGUGACUCAGACAUUCCUGACUCAUCCCUGAGAAGAGUCCAAGCUCCUGCGGCUGCUCUGGCUCUCCCUAAACAGGGCCAGUCCUUUCCUUUCCCCACAUUGUAUCAGGGGAGGCAGCCUGCAUGCACUGUGAGGAAGCUAUCCCCACACAAGUCCCCACAAGCUGAGGACUCCCCUCUGAGUGAAACGAGGGUCUGGAGACGUAGUUAUAUUUUUUCCCCUGAAAUCAGGAGGAGCACAGCCUGGGAGGGACAGUCCUCUGAAUGGGCAGCCUGAUGCUACCAGACGCUGCUCUCUUUAGUAGCAUCACACACAUACACACAGCACACACAAACACACACACUCUGUCAAAACAAGAUCCUCCAGUCGCAGCAGCUUCAGUGCAACAACACACCUGCAAAUAGUAACAUUACUCAUUGUUUCACUUCUUGAGGUCUUCAAGACAAGCUCUAGCAUCAGCAGACAUCAUGUUUGUACAGAGCUAACAUGCUUUGGGGGCUGUAGUCUUGUCCUGUCAGAGAAGUCAAAUACAUGUCAGACGAUCAUAACUUCAGGUCCAGUCAACAGACACCUGCUGAAUAAUUCCUAUGCUGCAGCCUCAGAGUGGUUUUACGGAUGUGUCUCUCCUUACUGUUGUAUUUUUCAUAA